GUCAAUAUAUGUUUUGACCAGGCUUCAGUUUCUGCAUAGUUGCCUUAAGACUUUGUGCUACGCUAGGACUACCUAGCUGGAGGGAGCCUUGCUCAUUCCAUUCAAUUAGAACCAUGGCUGGCAAUUAGUACAUGACAGCGGGAUCCUGUUAAACCUUAACAGAGUGUCAUGGCUUACAACAAAUCCCGAAAUCCCGCUUACCAUGAAUAUGAAUGCAUCUUUUCGUGUUAUGCAAGUUGCCAAGAGAAGGGGUUUCCUCUGAAACCAAGUUCGUCCGCCAGAUCGGCAUUACCCCAUACCUAUCUCGUCUAGUGAUAAAAGACAAGAGUUGGCGGACAGACACAGCCUUCCCCUCAGAAGCCUACACCAACAUGUAGCCCUCAGGCCAUAACCAGGCGAUUUCACUCAGUCCACGGAAAUCAACGACGUCAACUAUCGAUAUGGCCGAACAGCGCACCGCCGCGAACAAAACCUUAGCCCCCCCUGAGCUCAAUGUUGAGCGAAUUGAGAACCCUCUCCCAGUGAUAGAAGUUGAAGAGGAGGAUUACUCACCGACAGAUUCCGCCCUCGGAGGCAGCGAUAGCCAAAGUUACGCCACGUCCCUCCUUUCUGAAGUGAAAAAUUACAAGUAUGAGAACGGCCGUCGAUACCACUCUUACCGUGAAGGGCAGUGUGUGCUGCCAAACGAUGAACAAGAGCAAGACCGCGAGGAUCUAUUACACCACGUUCGAAACCUGCAUUUCAGUGGACAUCUGUUCCACGCUCCGAUCCCAGAGAAUGUUGAGAACGUUUUCGAUAUUGGCACCGGAACAGGUAUCUGGGCCAUCGACUUCGCAGACUUAUACCCCAACGCCCGAGUAAUCGGCACCGACCUCAGCCCCAUCCAACCCGCCUGGGUCCCUCCGAACCUGGAAUUCUUCGUCGAUGAUGUUGAAGCCGACUGGACUUUCAAACGAGACCACUUCGACUUCAUCCGCGCAUGCGACCUUGCCGGUUCGAUCGCUGACUGGCCGAAAUUGCUGCGUCAAGCAUAUUCACACACGAAGCCAGGUGGAUGGUUGGAACUAUCCGACUUUGAGAUGGAACAUUUCUCCGAUGAUGACACACUUCAUCUGGCGCCCACACUGGGCGAGUGGUUUAGACUGUUGAUUGAGGCGAGCGCGAAGUUUGAGCACCCGAUGAAGGUGGCGACUGACCAUCAGAGAAAUAUGAUCGAGGCGGGGUUUACGGAUGUGAAGGAAAAGAUUUACAAGUUCCCGAUGGGUCCCUGGGCCAAAGAAGAACGAUUAAAAGAAGCCGGUAGAUUCCAUCGUGAGGUCAUGGUUAUGAGUCUCGAGUCGUAUGCUCUUGCGCUUUGUACAAGGGUCCUCGGCUGGGCCCCUGUGGAGGUAGCGGUUUUCUUAUCUUCUGUGCGGAAAGAGUUGAGAGACCCUAGAGUGCAUAUCUAUGGGAAGUUUCAUGUUGUGUGGGGAAGGCGGCCGAGUGAGUGAGCAUGACUCAAGCUGAAGUGGCGUUUGUGGAUGAUGAUUAAUGACCUUUUCCUAAUUAUACUAAUAAUGUACGAAUUUCCUUUCUUGGCCUCUUUUCGGGGGUUGCUACUGAAAUCAAACAAGUGACUAACAGGA